AUGUACAUUGUAUGUCAACCUAGGACAAGAAGAGAUCUUCUAACAAAACUGGAAAAGUUUGGUGGCUAUCAGAAGCGAUACCAAGCGAUCACAGUGCAAGAAGCUGAAAACUUCCCGCUACUAGUUCAUCAAAAGUCUACCGUGUCUACGACAAAUGACAAGAUGGGCAGCCAGCUCUUCCGCAACAAGAGAAAAACCAGCACUUAUCCACAAACAAAUUACACAAGAACGGUAAAGCGAGGCUCGCUCGACCGAGACAACAACCUGUACUACCUGUGCACUGAGCGGUCAGCGGUUACCACACUGUCUGCAGAUUAUUUCCCGCGUCAUCUGAACGAAGUUAUUUGCGAUAAGACGGACAACCUUUGUCUUAACGGCAACCAAGGUGAAUGCGUUCAGGAGAGUUUUGAUGUCAAAGUGUUGAAGAAGACCGGGCAAUGCGGUGCUGAUGGUAAAGAGAAAUGGGAUCUAGUGAGUCAGAAGGUCCGAUCCUCUUGUACUUGUCGCGCGUUUCUCAAGACAGUGACAUGAAACAAACAAACGAACAGAAAUAAUGUAAAUCUAAUUUAUCUAUGUUAUUUACUGUCAUAAAGCAUUGAAUUAUAUAUUGAAUUUAUAUCGAGACAAUUUAAAAUAAGAACUAAUUAUAGAUUCCAUUUGGCCGGUAACUGAACUAACUGUAACUAUUCUUUGGAUAACAUUUAAGAUUGAUACACGUGGAGGUUGCACUGAUCUAGUUUGAUAAAAAGGUGCCGCGCCCCAUCCAGGUCCAGUUAGGACUCCUUUUGGAGACAAAGAAGGUGUGAGGGAGGAUGUAGUACUGAAACUUUUGUGAGUAAAAUUUUCCAAGAAGGAAAGAUUAAGUCAAAGUUGCAAAUAUUCACUGAUAUUCCAACAGUUCUUUUAUGACAGACAAAGCACAACCGAAUUGAAUACUUGCUAACAAAUGGCACCAUUUUAAGUAGUUUUAUGUAUAAGUUACAGCGAUUAAUGAGAACAUUAAUGUGGCGAUUGAUAAUUCUCGUACCAUUUUAAAAGUCUAUAUUUAACUCCUUCAAAUCUCCUGUUCCUCCUCCUCCACUCAAAGGGUUCUCAACGAUAUCUAGGUACGUUCCAAGCCGUAACGAGACAUUACCUCUGCUGGUGCCUUAUAAAGCGAUGGCCAGAAAAUAUAUAUUUGACAUAGCAUAUGUCAAAUAUACUAAUGAUCUAUAAUUUAUGCUGUUUAAUAUUUAUUUGACCUAUUUAUUUAAUAUUUACUUGUUUAUUUGUUAACUUCAUAUUUAUUUAUUUAUUGACUAUUAUAUUUCUAGUCAUUUUAGAAAAAUACCGCUAUUUGUAUCCAGAAACAUAGGAUUUGACACGGAAUUGCAAAAACUCUAAAAUAUAGUUUCGAUGUCAAGGCAGAGAAUUAGCGACAAAGAAUGGUGGUUUGGCUAAUUUAUCACCAAUCUGAAUGCCAGGAAAUGUAAAGUUUUUCCUUCCUGGUUAAACACUGAAAGACGGAGGAAAAUGCAACGUAUAAAUCCAGCUUGUAUUCUAUUAAGUAAUCACUGCACUGAGUAAUAGUUAACAUCCAUUGGAUGAUAAUGAAUUAUUAAAUAAAGUGGAUUCACAAAACAAAAAGUGUUUCUUAAUGGGGGAUCUUUAUCAUUGAUCUUCAUAAAUCCGAAGAAAACCAAAAUGUUAAUAAUAAUAAUAAUGGAAACUUUAUUUGUGUUUUUGAAUGUACAAUUGUAAAUCUCGCUACGUAUAGGCAAUUUACAAAUGCUGCUUGAGAUUGGAUUAUUAACAAGAAAAAAAACAAACAAACAAAAACAAACAAGCAAAACAAAACAAAAGCAAAAUAUAUAUAUAUAUAUAUAUAUAUAUAUAUAUAUAUAUAUAUCAAAAAUGCAUUAAGUCUGGGCUAUCCCAGUUCCUAUUUCUACAGCAAAAGAUGUAAUAUGUUGCUCUAAUGGCUAUAUUUAUCAUUUUCUUGAUUAUAUAACAUUGCUGCUUUUUGUUAAUGCCAAUGUCAUUCAUCAUGUCUAAGAACGUGGAGCAUUCAUCGGAGAAAACGCCAAGAGAUUUACAAAUCUCACACAUCUAUAAUUUCUACUCAUUUCGUUGACCAAGUUCAGAUAUUUUUCUUUAAUAACAGUGGCAAUGAAUAAUAAUAAUAAUAAUAAUAAUAAUAAUAAUAAUGAUAAUAAUAAUAAUAAUGAUCAUGAUGAUCAUGAUGAUAAUAAGUCUUUAUUUAUCGGAUAAAAAGACAUUCCAGAUGUUCCAUAGAAAUGUUAAGUAGUAGCAAGUGCAAAGUACAGUUGCAUCCAAGUAAGAAAAAUUAAAAAUUCUAAAAUCUAAUAUUUGAAGUUAAAAAAAUUCUAAAAUCUAAUAUCUAAAAAUUCAUCUGUUAAUCAUAAAUCAAAUGUUCUCAUCUUCUUUUUUCGCAUUAAUAUCACACGGCCAACUACUAGAAUAUCAAAAUCAAGUGCAACUCUCAUAGAUAAUAUUAUGUAAACUAUACUCAGCCUCUGGAUCUUUCUAAUCACUUACCAGUGUUCCAAAUGACAGAACAGCAUAACUAACAAAAGUAAGCCAAGAACAAGAUCAGGGACGGCGGGGCGCAAUUUCAACUGGGGGGGGGGGGGGGGUGGGGGGGGGUUGAAACCUCCCCCUGGGGAAAAGGAUUUGUUGGGGGGGGGGUUGGGGGGGUCCCCCCCCCGGGAAAUGUUUAAAUAUGAGGCGCUGGGAAGGGGUGUUUUAACAACCUUAAGUAAUACAUUGUUUCUCAGUAAAAAACAAACUUGGAAAAAAGGAAAAAAACAUGGGGGGGGGGGGGGGGGGUUGGUGUGGCUUGAACACUCGCCCUGGAGACAAGAGUUUGUUGGGUGGAGGUUUGAGGGCAUCCUCCCGCCAGGACAUUUUGAAAUCUAGAGGCUCGGAAAUGGUACUUUCAACAUUCUCAAUGAGAUCAGUGUUUCUCUGGAAAAACUCAACCUGGAUAAAGUGUAAAAUGACAGGUACUUCUAGUGCUUACAGCAUGUACCUUAUAAUUAAACUAUACUUAAACAAAAAUAUUUUUUCUCUAGAAAAGUGGGGGGGGGGGGGCAGUUCCGCCAGAAAAUGAGGUUGAAAAUGCAAUAAGUACAUUAGAAGAAAAUAUAUCCUGUGGGUAUGAUGGAAUAUCACCAAAAAUCUUACGGAAAAUAUCCUAUCACAUAGUUAAGCCUUUAACUUAUAUUUUCAAUCAAUCGUUUCUUAAUGGUUCAAUACCAGCACUAAUUACUUCAACAUUUAAAGCAAAUAAUAAGGAACAAAUAAUUGUCUACUGAAUUUUAGUCCUUCCAUGCGUUAAUAAAACAUUAGAGAAGCCUAUGUGGAAGAAAUUAGUGAAGUACCUUGAUAGGCACCAAGCAAAUACUGUAGUCUUCCAUAGUCAAUGAAUUAUAUAGCUUUAGAAGCAUUCGACUGGGCAAUUUUAGCAACAUUGGAGUUUGUAACUCAUAUUUUACAAACCACAGAUAGCAAAAAAUUCACUAUAGGGUUUUUUGGGAUAUUGAGAAAGCGUUUGACAGGGUUAAUUAUGAAAUACUAUUACUGGAACAGCUCGAUUGUUAUGGAAUAAGAAGACUAACCUUAGAUUGGUCUAAAAACUAAGCAACAGAAAGCAAAUUUUUAACAUCAAGACAAUUUCUUCAGAUAGCUUGACAGUUCUUGUGGGGGCUCAGCCAUGUCAUGGAAGCCCAUGGAAUUUUUGCAAUGAAUUUGAAAUAAAUUGUCAGAUUUGUCUUGUUUAAGUGGAAAAAAUGAUACUCAACAAUGACAAAUCCCCCAUCCCCGAUCAGACACCUUUGUUGGCAAAUGUCCCACCGUAGACACACGCAAAUAACCAACAAAUGGGUGGAGGCGGUAACGGUGCGGAGUGGAGAGAGGGGCAUGGGGUUGGUGGGUACCCUGAUUGUAUCACCCCGACCGUAUCAACCUCGCAUAGUACUUGCAUGUGUGGGCUCCUCAAGCUGUUAAUCUUAUCCUUGACAUCGAAAGAAUACAGCGGUGCACAACAAAUUCAUUCUGUCUAUGCUGUAUCGGUCUCACGUUAAUUAUAAGCAGAGACUUUUGAACAUUGGGUUACUACCAUUAUGUCAUUGGCACAAAUUUUUAGAUUUGGUGUAGGUACUCAAGUGUUAAGAUUUUUCUAGAUCCUUUUAUUUCAGUCAUGAAUUCCGCUAGACCCAGGCGUACUGUCUUCUCCAAGGGUACGCUGUUGAAUACGAUUAAGGCCAACACCGUCACCUUUGAGAACAGUUUCUACUGUAGAGCCCCAAGAAUCUGGAAUACUUUAUCAGCCCACCUCCGGAACACUGACUGUUCACUAGCGCACUUCAAGAAUAAUCUUUUUAUAUAAUUACUACUUUAUCUCACUAAGUCUGUUUAUGAUGUCGACACCCCCCAGACCUUUAAGAGUGUGUGUAUUAAGUGCCACACUAGUCCGCCAUUGAACAGCUUGCUCGAUCGUAUGUCUUGUCAAUUUUUUAUAGAUGUCCUCCCCUAUUCUGUUUUUGCAUUUCCCUUUCUUUUUUGUCGUUUGUAAAGUAUUGUCAUUCUUGUUAGUUGUAUUACUAAUUUUCUUUUUCUUUUUUCUCUGGACCUCGUAGUGGAGCUUGCUCUGUGAGUGAUUCAGGCAUUUUGGCGAAGUUUAUAAAUAAACCACCUCUGCAGUUUGGCCUAACAAUCGAGUAGGGACCCGGACCCCCUACCCUAGAUCCGCCACUGCUACAAACACUUUAAGUUUGCUAAAUCAAGUCCCUGCAGUAAUAAUGUUCAUACUUGUUCUUUAUUCAAAGUGCCUCGUAAUUGUAGAACGAUUACGUCGAAAAAAGUGAUAACAUAACAUAACAUAACAACUUUAUUUAAGUGUCGAUGUCUUUAGUUUAUAAAAGCUAAUUGGGGACACUAAAACAAUGGGGAAAAAAUAUAAAAUUAGUUUAUACAAGGCAUCAUAAGGUGAAUUUAUAAUUCUCUAAAAUCUAGUAAAAUUUAUAAAAGGUAAAAAUUUUAAUAAUUAAAAGAUUAUGGAGUUAUCCCCACUAAAAUAUACAGAAAAAUGCUUAAAAUAUUUUUAAAAAUUCUCAAGUACUACAAAUAAGACAGGAGCCACAAUUUUCACUUAUAAGAUCCACAAGGUUAAUACGCCGUAUGCUGGACUUGAAGGAUUGUAAAGCAGGUUUAUCCUUGAUUUUGCUGUCCAAUCUAGACCAUAUGUAUGAACCAAAGUACCUUAUUGCAUGUUUCCCGUAACGUACACUAUUAAAUCUGGGUAAACGAAAAUCCAUAUUUCUUAAGUGAUAUUUGGAUGACUUAACACUAAAAAUGUCAACGACAUUGCUAGGAACCAAACCAUAUUUAACCGUAUACAUUAAGGUAGCAAGAUCUUGUAAACGCCGAUUUUAUAGGCUAGGUAGAUUGGCACGGUUAAGAAGAUUAGAGUACUCUACUGAAUGUCUGUUAUACACGAUCCUAAGGGCCCGCUCUUGCACUCUUUCAACUUUUCUGGCGUCGGAGGCUUUACAGAAAUGCCAUAUAAGAUGACAAUAUGUUAAAUGUGGCAAUAUCGAGGUUUUAUAUAAAAGCAAUUUUGUUUCCGUAGGGAUCAGAUUUCUUAAUCUUGAAAGGACGCCCACUCUCUGGCUAGCUUUUGUACACAGUUCACUAAUGUGUUUGCUAAAUACAAGGUGCAUGUUCUUCGAUGUUAACUCCGAGAAGGCUAAUGUCCGCAGUACUUUCAAUGACAUGCGCAUUGAUUGUUAAUGAAGCUUGAUCCUCAUCAUCAGGAACUGGAAUUUAUCGGGGCUGACCGUACGAUAGUUAUAGGAGGGUCUCAAUGGGGUUCACCGAUAGGCGUAAAACGGCCAAAAAUUUAGCCGAUAGCCGUAAAAAUUGAAAAAUUUUAACCGAUAGCCGUAAAUAGGGUAAAAAAGAGUUAACCGUAAAAGAAAGUGUUUCCUAGAUUUGCUACUUUUAAGGAAGGUACUAAAACUCUUUCUCGGCUACUGUGACUCCGUAUGCACGUUAUAGGCCGGAAGCGCCUUUAGUUUAGGUGCUAACCAAGACCUAGGCUCCAUUUCCGGUGCUUUCUCGGGGAACUAACGUUUUCCAUAGCGAAAGUGUGGCUUCUUGCUGGGGAUUAAUAUUUGCAAUUUUCAGGAGGUCGUGCCCUCGAAACACUACUGAAACAACGCGCAGAGAUGUCACUGUUUGUAAAACACGUUGCUGAUAAACAACAUUUUCCUGUUUUUCUCUGACGCUACGGUAGACAUUGCCAACGUAUUGCCGUGCCUAGUCCCUGUACGGCGUCUUCCCACGCAAUCUCGGUCAAGGCAUUUCGGUGGCGAACGCGGACCACGUGACCCGAAACUCAUCAGCCGUGCGGAAUAAUGCGGCCUACGGACAAGGCAACGGCAGACAGUCGUUCCUUACAGUCUUCGCUAUCAUUAAAAACACUGGACACGGGAAUUUUGUUAUUGGCCGUUUUCACACUAACUAGAGCUAGAAAUGGAUCAUCCGUCUGAGACUAGCCUGUGUACAGUCGCGCCCUCCCCACAGACACCCCUACCUCCGCUUUUUUUCUGAGGGGAGGGGGCGGCUGUACACAGGCUAUCUGGAACGGAUAAUCCUGUCGUCAAAAGUCAGGUGGAUUCUUCAUUCAAAAUUAAAACUAUUCCAUUGCCAAAUUAAGACGUAUUACCUAUCUGACGCGAAUCAUCGAAUGGGAUAACCCGUCUCACACGAAUAAUCCUUUUCUAGUCUUCGAACGGCCAUUUCUGUUAUAAUGAAUAUCGCGCCCCGGCCUUGAGUUGGGCGUUCGCGUGUCUGCUUUUGCUUUUUCACAAAGAUUAUUUUUUAAUUGACUAUUGACAUUUCUAUGUGUAAAAUAAUAUUAGAAGUGGAAUACUUUAUGAAAAGUAUGAUCUAUCAAAUGUUAAAAUUUUUCAAAAGAAAAGCUUUUUUCAUCAGGAGAUGAUCCGAAGACCUUUAUUUUGAUUUAAAGAUACAAAAACGCACAGGUUAAUUAAUAUUUAACUUUUUAAAACAAAAGAAGUUGAUUUUUAACUUUUUCGUUAACCGUAACUGAAAAAAAUUAACCAAUAGCCGUAAAAGAGCCAAAAUUUUAGCCGAUAACCGUAAAAGCCACCACCCCAUUGAGACCCUCUUAUAGGACUUAUCGUUAUAACUGCAGGUCAAGGAAUUAGCGGUUUCCUACUCAAAGCGAGCCUUCAUGCUAUAGGCAUUACUCCCCAUAGUAUAAAGAAGAUGGUCGUUGGCAUACUUGUUUAACUUGGUGUUACUGACCUGACAGGAUAGGUCGUUCUGAUAGAGAUUCCACAGCAAAGGACCGAGUCAUGAUCCCUGUGGGUAGCCUCGUUUCAUUUCUUUCCAAUUACUUUUGGCUGUACUGACUUUGACCCUUUUCAGUCGACCGUAAAAGAAGGAUCGCAUUACUGAAAUCCAGAGAACUGUCGCCGAAACCAUACGCAUUGAGUUGGCCAAGGUUAAAGAGUGGUGAAGGGAGUCAAAAGCUUUACUCAUGUCCAACGCUAACAAGUACACCUUCUCCUUUCUGUUAAGGGCUUUCCUCCAGUCUUCAACGAGGCCCAUUAACGUUCACUCGCAGCUAUGUAAUGUUUUCUAUAGGCUGUCAUUCUUGAAUAGAGGAAACGAUCGUAGCACAUUACUUACAAAAAAUUUCGGACGAUUUUAAUUUCGGACAAAAAAAGUGUCCGAAAAUAAAACCGCCCGAAAUUUUUACAGUACAGUAUAAAACUUGAAGUAAUUUCUUGGGCGAUGCCAUCUCAUGUAUUCAAGGCAAGAGACACAUGUUCAAGGCCAAUAUAUGAUAUACAUAGCUAAAACUCGGAUUAGGCUUUAGUCGUUCUUUAUAUGACUGGAAAGGAAAAUUUUUGUUGCUCUUACAAAAAAAAAAUAAACAAUUUACAAAUAAAUUUCUUUUUGCAUACAUAAAAAGUUAAAUAUUUUGAGCCAAGCCCAGUGGCAUUUUCAGUGCUAGUCCUCUUCUGCUUCAUUAUCAAUCAUGAACACAAUUGACAGAUCCUCUUCAUUGUCACUAGCAAGUGGUUCUUCUUCAUCUGUAACUGAUUCGUAAAGAAGCUCGUGGUUCUUUUCAGUAAGUUCUUUCAGACGAUGAAGAAGAGACCGCUUGCUGUCGUUAAUUUUAAACGUGGCUCGAAGGACUAUCUCAAGUCCUCCCUUUGCAAUUGGAGAAGGCCUAUACUUUUCAUCCUCAACUACUGCAUAGAUGCUACCCCGUGAUGGAAAAAGUACACAAAACUUGAUAUUACUAAUGUGGAACAUGGCCAACAAACCCGAAGUGAUAAGGAAGGGUUUUGAGAUGGCAGGAAUAGUGGAAGCUGUCACUUAAAGGAACUAGAACCAAAGGGUCCUUUUGAAGAUCUUGUUGCAGAUCAUUGAGCCACUUUAAGCUCCAAAGCCCUUAGUUUCCUUUUUGAAGCGAAGUCUAGUUGAAACACUGCUUGAGAUUAUGACUUGAUAGAAUUUGUGUUAUUUUCUCGGCGGACGGUGUAUCUGUAAAACCUUAAGGGUGUAGUAAAAUUAUCAAUUUCACAGGUGUUGUUCAGUCUUUAUACGGUUUUAUAGGCGUAAAUCUACUAACGCCGUGUUUCAGCAAAGUGUCCGAAAUUUUGGUCUGAUAUAUGUCCGAAAUGAGAUAAAAAGUGUCCGAAAAUUAACGUCCGAAAUUUUAUUGCCCGAAAAUUUUGGCAAGUGAUGUACACAGUAGAUUCUAAAACACUUUGCCAAGUAAUUGGAGUAUGUAAUCGGGCGAUAAUUUUGUUUGGCUUGUUUGUCUCCCUUUUUUAAUACAGAUAUCCAAUCCCCCAUUUUCCACUUAGUGGGCCAGAAGCUCUCAGCAAUACAGUGGAUGGAUGAUGGUGCAAUAGCUGAAGCAGUUUUCUUAAGGAGGAUGGGUACAGUUGGAGAGUCCCAACCAGACGAUUUCCUAGGAUUAAUAUUUUCAAUAACAUCCUACACAUCUGUUUCGGUAAUUGCUCGAAAGUUGAAAUCUAGGGCUGCAUCGUGAUGUUUUCUAUUUCUCGAUGCUAGUGUGAUAUUGGUGAUCCUCCUCAAGCAAAUCAUGUACACGUUGCCCUCCGAUAUCUAGCGCUACAUUUGUAGCGAAGUAAUCCGCAAAAUAAUUAGCAACAGCACACCGUAUCAUUCUCCGUAUCAUUUCCAUCUAUGUUCAGAGUGAUGGGAUUAUUCUUAGCAGAUAUUUUGCUCAUGAAAGGCUGAAAAGUGUUGAACAAGUCUCUUGGCUUUUCCCUGAUCUUUUCCGAUUUCAUUUUCCAGAAUUGUUUAAUUGCUUUCCUUUGCUGUUUCGUCUCCAGAUUUCUGUACUUAUUUAUUCUUAAGCUCGAAGAUCUCUCCAGUUUUAUUUUUUGCGUAUAACUUCGCAAACAGUCUCUUCUUUCUAAUGGCUUUUUUCCAGACUGAUGUCAUGUACGGGAUAUCGUUUUCUCGCAUUCGUUUUCUCCUAGUUGGUGCAUGAUAAUUAAUUAUGUAAUUCAUCAGUCCGUUCCAGUAAUGGAUUCUAUCGUCGAGUUCAGUAAAUAUAUCACCCAUAUGCCAGUGAGCGUUUGAAAGGUCAUCUGUCAAUAGCUCGAGGUCGAUGGUUUUUAGAUUUCUACACAAGAUUGUUUUUGGCUUGUAAUGAGUAACUUUCUCAUUUAUUAGGCCAUAUAUAAGGUAAUGAUCACUGAUCUCUGGAUUAACCUAGAUAUUGUUUCUUUGAAGUUCACAUUCAGACCUGCUUUCUAAAAAAUGGAAGGAAUCGCCUGUGUUUAUAGUGUUCCGAUCGCAAGACUAAGUUAGGGACUCGAGCCUCCAACCUGUAAAAAGCUUGUGGACUGCGAAAGUAGCUGCUUGAGCUAUCUUUUGUUUCCUAUUCAGCCUGUGAACAGGCUCUCUGUUUGUGGAGAUUUUGUCACCCUUUCCCCAAACAGAGAGCCUGUUCACACGCUUUUCCGAUUCAGAAUCCAGUGCUCUGUCAUCCUAUCCACCCCCUAUCUACUGAUUCCUUCGGGCCAGUCUCCCAGCGGUCAGAAAUAACAACAUUUGAUCAUACAGCUGAUUGAUUCGAUUACAAUUAUUCGCAACAAUUCACAACCGAAAAUAACGUUUGUGUUUGUGCUGUUCGCGUCCAACUGGGCAGUUCGAUCGAAUAAUAUGUUCCGCAGAUGAUAAACUGUUAAUAUUAGUCUGACAACGGUACUCGUGAUUUUCACGUUGUAGACCGUUUGAGAUUUAAAGGCAACACCAUGGACUCGGACGAUCUAAAGGUCGACUUGCAACAGCAGUACGACUAUUUGUUCAAAGUCCUUAUGAUCGGGGAUUCUGGCGUGGGAAAAUCAUGUCUUCUUCUACGUUACGUGGACUUCGCCCACAGAGAGGCCUAUCUUAACACUAUUGGCGUAGAUUUUAAAGUUAAAACUAUCAAGCUUAACGGCAAAAGGAUUCGUCUACAAGUCUGGGAUACAGGUCAGUUUAUUUGACAUAAGUAAGAGCGCAAUAGGAAAAAAUUGCGAGCGAGCCAUUAAUUCCUCUUCAAGUGAGAAACACAAGUUGCCCCAAGGCCAUGUCUUAAACCACGCUUUUGUUUCUUCGCGUUGUUUGAUCUCUUCAAAAAUUAAUGGUUUCCUAGUUGUUCAAGACGAAUUCGAAAUGGACAAAUCUUUUUUCGGCAUUAUUUAAAAUGACGAUGCAAUGGCGAUUGGUAGGUACCAGACGAGGGCUUUUUAUCGCAAAUUUUUGUUGGGAAAAUCUGCCAGCUAUUCGUAAACAGAAUCAAAAUUAUUAGACCAUAAUUUUCGUGAAAUCCCGCGAACAAACUGUUUGCAUUUGUAAUUGGAACCCCAAGGCUCCCCUCGGUGGGGAAAAAGAUUAGUUUUCAAAAGCAGUGUUUCAGUAUACCUUAUUGCUAUGUCUUUGUCGCAGAAAUAAAUUAUACGCAAACGCCACUGAGAGAAAGCGUGGGGAUACGAAAAAUGCUAAUCGCUACUUUUCUGUAGAAAUAUUCAAUUUCGCAUGCAUUAAGCAUCUAGCGAUUGUUUUAGAUGAUAAAAGUACUAGGAAACGUCACUUUUCAAAGUGCCGACUUCGUUAUAAACAGUAAAUUUCCAUCGUAAAAGUGUAAACAAAAUGUUCACGGUGUUUGUGUAGUAUACUGCUGCUGCUGCAGCUUUAGUCAACAUGUAAUUUCAUGCUAAGCUCGAAUCUAUUUAACUGGACUUGCUCCAAUUAGCGACAACAUUUAAUAUUUUUAUUCCAAGGUAGGCGAUCGAAGGGAUUACUGAGAUAAAAUUUUUGUUUAAAUUCCGCAGAGGCAUCUCGAUCUUUUAACCAUGCAAAUAUUCCCCUGAAUCGUGUAUCAAAGACAUUAAUUUAUUUGUACUCUUCUUAGUUAAAAAUUAUAUUGGGCGAAAAAUUCAACAUUCGCACGCAAAUCAAUUCUUUUUUUUAUUACAAAUAAACAAAGGGUGGUUAUGGCAUAUUAUAAUGCAUUGAAUGAACCAGUGACAAUUGGCAUGCACCUUGAGUAAGCAGUUAUAAUCUUUGAUCAGUCCUCAUGGUUUAUUUUGGGAAUUUAAGAAUGCUUAAUCACAGAUCAUAUCUUUGAUAUUGGCUGAUUCCUGGGAGGAGUGGUGUUGGGAGAGGAUGACUCAAAAUGUAUGGUAUGAUAGUGAUGAUGGGAAUGUGUGAAGCCUCUGUUCCCUGGUUUGACGUCACAUUUAUGGCAAAAACCAAUAACAGUGAAACCUGUAUUAAGCAGACACCGUAUUAAGCAGACAUCCUCUAUUAAGCGGACAGUAGCCAAAGUCCCCAAAUUUAUUUCCCUUAUUUACUUUUAAUGAAACCUUUAUUAAGCGGACACCUCUAUUAAGCAGAUGCGGACACCUAAAAAAACCUAAAAAGGGCCAUUUUUAUUGUUGCUAACCUGUAUUAAACGGACACUUGUAAUUAAAUUCCACCACCCAACAUGCCAGACCCCGGAAAUGAGAAAGAUUGCCCCGAAUUGCCACCCACAAAUUUUUUCGAUUUUUACAUCAAAAAACGUGACUUGAUGAACUUAUUUGAUUAGCUUCACAGUACAGGAUUGUUUUCUAUUUCGUUUUGUUUGUAUAGAGCUUGCUUCACUCAUCUGAUUUCUUCAAAUGUGAGUUGCAAUCUAUGUUUAUGGUACUAUGAUCAAUUGGUUCACUUUGAUAAAGAAAUUAAUGCACACGUCUAUCGUCAUAGUCUCUGGGAGUAUUAUAAACGCUUCCACUGUUCAUUUGAAUGGCAUUUGACACUUCAUAUGACAUUAUAUAUCGAAACCUGUAUUAGGCAGACACCAUGUAUUAAGCGGACACUAGAGCAUUCCCCGAGGGUGUCCGCUUAAUACAGGUUUCACUGUAUCAAUUUGUACCACCAAACCAACGUUAGUUUUUUCUUCACCUGUCAUUUACUUAUAUCUUUUAAAAAAAUUUCUUUUCUAUAUUUGAGAAAUUGUCCACUAGAAUUUGACUUUUGCCGUAAACAUGAUUCUUAUUGCUCUCCUACGACGUCUUUGCAGAUUUAGUGUCAUACAAUGUCUUUCCUUGGGUAAAAGACUUUGGUGCAGACUUCUUUAGCGUUGACAAAAAGCAUAACCCAGAGAUCCUAUUUUUUUCAGUUUCAUUUUUAGAUGAAAGCCAUGUGUACAUGACUAAGAGACUUCAUGCUUUUAGAUCAAGAAGCAGUUAAUUCAUAAGUGUACUAUUGUUGGUUCAAGUUCUGGGCCAUUGGUCUACUUUUUAGGGCUGAUUUUGGCCUCAUAGGAGUUUUUACACCUACAACACUUCUGCUUCAUUUGCACCUCUGCUUCAUUUUGUACCUGAGCAGAACCCCUUGGAAGUUUCUUGUGGCAACUAUAUCUGUAGCAAGCCUGUCCCCUCCCCCCCCCCCCCCCCCCCCCCCACAUCUUCAAAUUGAGAAUUGAUGGGGAAGGGAUAAUACAUGAUGCCAUUUGUGAAAAAAAAUGUGUGAAAAAGAUGUUUUUAGAAUUGUAACAAUAAUAUUGACAUAAUUGGUUUACUUCCCACCAAUCACAUCAUUGCGUAUAUUAAUUUUAAUACAACGGCAUAAUGGAGUUUGUGAGGAAACGGUUGAUGUUAGCAGUAAAAUAGCUCAAAUGAGAAAAAAUAUUUGACAUUUCAUUUUUAGAAAAUCAAAUCUACAAGAAAUGGCAAAACUUCGGCUAUUAUCCGGGAGAUUUCAGACUCUAAUCUAGAGACCAGGAGAAACGGUACAAAAUCUGGAGUCUCCUGGAUUAUCCGGGAGAGUUAACAGUCCUGUAUAGUCAUAUUGGAAACCAGUCAAUAUUUCAGACUAAGGACUACUUCCAACAGUAAACAUGUUAGAGGCAAAUCUCAGUUAACAUCUUUUCUGUUUCUUUUAUUCAAGCUGGUCAAGAGAGAUUCAGAACAAUUACAUCUUCAUACUACAGAGGAGCUCAUGGUGUCAUGAUAGUCUAUGAUAUAGCAAAAAAAGAAACUUUUAACAACCUCAACAAAUGGCUUAAUGAGGUGGAAACUUAUGCUAAUGAGGGGGUAUUGAUGAUACUGGUAGGAAACAAGACAGAUCUUGAUUCAGAACGUCAAGUCUCCACUGAAAGUGGAGCUGAAUGGGCGGCACUCAAUGACAUGCCAUUUAUAGAGACCAGUGCAAAGAAUGCUACAAAUGUGACAGAAGCAUUUACAAUGCUAGCAGAGCUGGUAAAUAAACAUGUUAAAGAUAACCAUGCUCAGCAAAGAGCGUUUGUGCUUGGAGACAGCAUGGAUUAUGGAUUAAUUAAGACCGAGGGAAGUGAAAAAGAAAAAUGCGGUUGUAGUAACUAA